AUGGGCGUCCCCGGCGGCGCUACCUCCGCGGGCGUGUCCACGCAACUCAUGACCGUCAUUGGCGGCCGCGACACGCGCUGGUACAAGGGCAGCUUGCUCAAGCUCAACCUCCUCAUCUUUAUCGUCCUCAUCGCUUCCAUGACGAACGGUUACGACGGCUCCAUGAUGAACGGCCUUCAAGCCCUCGACAACUGGAAGGAGUACUUCCACCACCCUGAAGAGAAGCCCACCCUGUUCGGCGUGUUUAACGCGAUUCAAAACAUCGGCAACAUUCUUGGCCUCCCGUUCGCGCCCUACGUCUCGGACCUCUUGGGCCGUCGUAACGCCCUCAUCCUCGCGUGCACCAUCAUGAUCGUCGCUACGAUCAUUCAGACGGCUGCCAAGAACGUCGGCAUGUUCAUCGCUGCCCGUGGCCUCAUCGGUUUUGGACUCAGCUUUGCCAACAUUGCCGCCCCCGUGCUCAUCACCGAGCUGGCGUUCCCGACGCAGCGUGGGCCAAUUACAUCGCUCUACAACUCGUGCUGGUUCCUUGGAGCAAUCGUCGCCGCGUGGACGACGUACGGUACCUUUAGGAUUCAGAACACUUGGAGCUGGCGCAUCCCGUCGCUUCUCCAGGGCCUGCCCGCCGUCGUUCAGCUCGGCCUCAUCUGGCUCAUCCCCGAGUCUCCGCGCUGGCUGGUCGCCCACGGGCACGACGACAAGGCGAUCGCCUUCUUGACCAAGUACCACUGUAACGGUGACGCGAACGACCCGCUCAUCCAGUUCGAGUACAACGAGAUCAAGGAGACGAUCCGCAUGGACAAUGAGGCCAAGAACUCGACGUCGUGGAAGUCGCUCUUCACUGAGAAGGCCAACCUCCGUCGUAUGCGAAUCAUCAUUGCCAUCGCCUUCUUCUCGCAGUGGGUGGGCAACGGCCUCAUCAGCUACUACCUCACGCUCCUGCUCAAGGGCGUUGGCAUCACCUCUGAGGGUGACCAGACGCUCAUCAAUGGUAUCCUGCAGAUCUGGAACUACGCGUGGGCGAUCGGGGGUGCGCUCGUCGUCGACAGGGUCGGCCGCCGCUUCCUCUUCCUUGCCUCCAUGACCGGAAUGCUUGUCUCGUUUGUUGCCUGGACAAUCUGCUCAGCCACGUACGCCAAGAGCUCGGUGUUCGACCCCGCGUGCAUUGCCGAGAACAAGGGCAAGAGCAACAACUGUGUCGCGAUCAAGGCCAACAAGGGUGCGGGUUACGCUGUCAUCGUCUUCAUCUUCACCUUCUUCGCGUCAUACAGCAUUGCCUUGACCCCGCUUCUCAUCUCGUACACGGUCGAGAUUCUCCCGUACCGCAUCCGCUCCAAGGGUCUCAUGGUCCUGUCGCUCACGAUCUCGGCGGCGCUUGUCUUCAACCAGUAUGUCAACCCUAUCGCCCUCGAUGCCCUCGGCUGGAAGUACUACAUUGUCUUCUGCUGCUUCCUUGGAUUCGCCUGGGUCUACUGCUACCUCUUUGUCAUCGAGACGCGCGGCCCCAAUGGACCCCUGCCCCUUGAGGAGGUCUCGUCCGUAUUCGAAGGCCCGGGCUACUACGGCUUCCAGAAGCGCCCGCACCAGAACAAUAUCGACGAUGAGAACCCCGACCUCGAUGUCAAGGACGUCAAGGAGCACGUCGAGCACAAAUGA